AUGUCGCUUUAUUCGGGCAUCAAUAAUUUGAUGGUGGUUUCCAAAAUUUUCGCAUUAUUGCCGGUCAAAAAACACCAACGUUUGCAAAAACUCGUCCCUUGUGUUUAUUCGAUCAGUUUUAGUGUCAUUUUAUCGAUUGGUGUGGUUGGAAUUUCGGUUUAUGUGACACGAGAUAGAAAUUCGAUUUCUUUGGCUAGUGGUUGGUUGGAUUUUUAUUUGGGGAUCACCAUCCAAACCGUUUGUGUCAUUUCCAAUUGCAUAAACGUGAGGAAAAUCACACUUUUCUUUGAUAAAAUCCAACGGAUCGAUAAGCAAUUCAGGCUUUUGGAAAGUCCAAUUAAUUAUAGAAAAAUUUCGAUUUUUACGAAUUUGGCCACACUUGUGGUUUUCACCGAAUUCGUGGUUGUUUUCAUCCCUGAUUAUAUUUUAUUCGUGGAAGAUGAAUCGAUUUUGUACUUGAUUUUCUCCUAUUGUCCCAUUUUGACAACGGGGAUUGUGAAAAUCCAAUUUGCGACUUGUGUUUACCUGAUUUUGCAAAGAGUCAGACAUGUCAAGUGAGUAUUUUGGAAAAACACAAAUUGUGAUUUUUUUCCUAAAGAAAAUCGUUUUUUGGCCGUUUUGGAUAUACUUCAUGGUGUUCACAACGAACUAUGCAGUCUGUGCGAACUCGCAAAUUCGCUCUACGGUUUUCAGAAUUUUUUAUUCGUUUUGUCGACUUUUUCCAUCUGUGUUACCCAAUUUUAUUACUGUUACGACAGUGGAUUCGACAAUGAUGACUUUGUUGAUGUUUUUUUCACCCUGCAGUGGGCCUUUUUGCAAUUUUUGGAAAUUUUCGCACUUGCUUAUAUUUGCGACAAAGUGCAACUCAAGAUUGUUGAAAUAAAGUACUCAAUUAAUAAACUACUGUUCAAAUCAAAUGACCAAAAAAUCACGUUGGAGCUCUGUGGCUUGAUAACGACAUAUCUGAUAAUUAUGAUUCAGCUCGACGUUGCGAGAUCGACAACUAAUUUUGUUAAAAAYUCCAGCAGUGUUGAAUAA